CGGCGGCGUCUCCUUCCCUCCCUCUCUCUCCCCCCCAUGGAGCCGGUGCAGCUGCCGGACGAGGCGGCCUUCCGGGCUUUCCGGGCGCAGUGCGAGGCGGAGCAGGGCUGGCAGUGCCGCUACAGCCGGGAGGGCGUCGCCGUCUGGGGGCAGCUGCCGCCCCCGGGGACCUGCGCCGUGCAUCGCGUCAAGUGCCGCGUUGAAAUGCCGGGUGUGACGGCUGCGACGGUAUACGAUGUUCUGCACGAUGCAGACUACCGCAGGAAGUGGGACCCCAACGUCAUCGAAACACACGACAUCGCCCGCAUCUCCGACAAUGCCGACGUGGGCUACUAUUCAUGGAAGUGCCCAAAGCCCCUGAAGAACAGAGACGUGGUGACGCUGAGGUCCUGGUACGUCCUGGAUAAGUCUUACGUGAUCGUCAACUUCUCUGUCAAGCACCCGAAAUACCCUCCCUGCAAGGACCUGGUGCGGGCCGUUUCGCUCUGGGCUGGGUACUUGGUGCAACCGACUGGGAACAGCAGCUGCAGUUUGACUUACCUGGCCCAGGUGGACCCGAAAGGGUCGCUGCCCAAGUGGGUUGUGAAUAAAUCCUCGCAGUACCUGGCGCCAAAGAUGUUGAAGAAGAUGCACAAGGCGUGCUUGAAGUAUCCCACCUGGAAGCGGGAGCAUAGCGCACACUUGAAACCUUGGUUGCACCCGGAGCAAAGCCAGCUUCCGACUAUGGCGCUGUCCGAACUGACCCUCCAGCACGCUUCCUCCCUGGAAAACAUCGACGAGAGUGGCUUAAGGGAGGUCCAGGAAGAGAGGGGCAACACCAGCGGGUCAGAGAACUGAGGCUCCCUCUUCACUGGGGGAUGCCGCCCUCCAUCUACCGUUGUGCCUUUUCCAGUUGGUUUUACAAUAAAUGGUGGGA